AUGCCCUACAACAAUGCCCCGAUCGUGCCCGCACAGGAGAUCACCGGCGCCGUCUCUCUCCCUCUCGCCCGCGUCAAAAAGAUCAUCAACACCGACCCAGACACGGGAAACUGCUCCAACAACGCCGCCUUUGUCAUCACCGUCGCGACCGAAAUGUUCCUCCAGCACCUCGUCUCCCAAGCACACCUCCAAGUUCGAUCCGAACACUCCCAGAAACCAAGGAGAAAUAUUCAGUAUCGUGAUGUUGCCAACGCAGUAGCCCGCGUCGAAAACCUCGAAUUCCUCUCCGACGUCGUCCCGAGGACGAUGACUUAUAAGGACCUCAAGAAGAAGCAAGCA